GAGGGCGUCAGUUUGCACGAACUACGCCUCGAACUUUUGCAUCCGUCUUUUCUCUCUCUACUACACAUUCCUCUGUGCCACAAGUGAUUGAUCUUUUCCGCACACUCAAGAUCGCCAUUUCAAUCCUCUCUUUCUUGUGUCAUUUCUGAUCAAUCCUCUUCAACACCUUUCACAAUCAUGUCUGCCGUUCCUGGUCCUGUGUACGGGCUCGAGAUCCCGCCUGGCGAGAUCUUGAUCCCCGCUGGCACUGACUUCCCUGCCUCUUUCCGCAUCACCAUGGCUGCUGUCGACCCUACCCAGGAGCCCGAGGCUGAUGAGAGUGGCAACAUCCCCAGUGUCCCUCGCUCUACCCUUCGCAUUGUCAAGCGCACCUUCCCGGGCCUCGACGAUGAGGAGGAUGAGGAGCUUGACGAGGAGGCCCUGCGCGCCUUGAUCGGCGAGAACAGCGAUGAUGAGGACUCUGAUGACGAGCCCAACGGCGGCCCCAGCGACCCCGCCAAAAGCAAGAAGCAGAAGCAGUCUGCCGCCAUCAAGGCGCUCCUUGCUGCCACCAACAGCGACGAUGAUGACGAGGAGAUGGACGAUGCCAAGCCCAACGGCGUCUCCAAGUCCUCCAAGGCGAAGGGCAAGGCCCCCGCUAGCGACGACGACGACGAGGAUGAGGACGACGAUGAGGACGACGACAGCGAGGAUGGCGGCGACAUGGAGGACUUUGUUGUCUGCACUCUCGACACCGAGCGCCACUACCAGCAGCCCCUCGACAUCACUGUCUCCCACAGCGAGCAGGUCUUCUUUGUCGUUUCCGGUACCCACUCUAUCCACCUGACUGGCAACUACAUCAUGGCCGACGAGGAUGAGGACGAUGAGGAUGACGAGGACGAGUACGACCUCUCCCCUGAUGAGCUCGACUUCACCAUGGGCGAGGACAUGGAUGAGGACGAGAGCGAUGAGCUCGACGACGUCGACAACCCUCGCGUCACCGAGGUCGACUCCGAGGAGGAGGCCCCCAAGUUGGUCGAGGCCAAGAAGGGCAAGAACAAGCGCGCCGCCGAGGCCGAGUCGCUCGACGAGAUCAUGGCCGCCGACGAGGCCAAGCUCUCCAAGAAGGACAAGAAGAAGCUCAAGAACAACAAGGGCGAGGCUGUCGCCGCCGCCGAGGAGGCCAAGAAGGACAAGAAGGUCCAGUUCGCCAAGAACCUCGAGCAGGGUCCUACUGGGUCCACUGCUGAGAAGGCCAAGGCCACCAAGGCCACCGUGGGCGUCAAGAAUGUCAACGGCGUCACCGUUGACGACCGCACCAUUGGCAGCGGCCGCACCGUGAAGAACGGCGACUCGGUCGGCGUUCGCUACAUUGGCAAGCUCUCCAACGGCAAGCAGUUUGACGCCAACAAGAAGGGCAAGCCCUUCACCUUCAAGGUCGGCAAGGGCGAGGUCAUCAAGGGCUGGGACGUUGGUGUCGUGGGCAUGGCCAUUGGCGGCGAGCGUCGUCUGACCAUCCCUGCUCACCUCGGCUACGGCUCGAGGGGCAUGCCCGGCAUCCCUGCCAACAGCCAACUGACCUUUGAUGUCAAGCUGCUCGAGAUCAAGUGAGCGAACGGCGGUUGUAUAGAUUCCAGAUGGGCCCUGCUCCCGGCUCCUUCACGUUGAGCAAGACGGAGCGACAUGAAGCAGCUCGUCUUCCUGACAUGGAUGUGUUUCCUUACCACUUUGGCGUUCUGUCGUUUUCAUUUGGAUUUUCGGUACCCGAGGCAGUGUAGAGUCUUAGACCUGCGAGAGUUGAUACAUUCCAGCGGGAAGGACAGGACGAGGAUAUGCAUUGAGGGGAUGGGUUCCUCGGGGCGCAGGGAAAAGUUGUUUUGUAAGGUAUGCUGAUAUCAAUCUGUGAGAACGUCAAUGAACCAGAUCCUGAUGUCCACACAGUUAUGGGAAGACUUAAUGAGAAAGCUGAACCGU